GGUCUCCGUUAACCAGAAAGAGGAUACUUUUAAAGUAAAACUCUCCCUUCCUUGAUCAAUCACACUUGAACCCAAAAAUGGCGUCUUCUCUUUCCUUUCAUUCCAUCACCACCGUCAACCCCAGCUACUCCGGCGAUCGUGGCCGUUCAAAUUUCCGGCGUAACCGCCGAUUCGAAGCAACUGGAGUGAGUUGCAGAGGACAGAAUCCGGCUAACGAGCCACAGACAAGUAAAGGAGCCGAGCCGGAGAAUGUUCUACUCAAAUUCGCUUGGUACGGAUCCGAGCUACUCGGAAUCGCUGCUUCCGCUUUCCGAUCUCCGGCGUCUCCUCCUCCUCCGACUGUGACAGGAUUUGAGGUUCCUGUUGAUUGUUCGGGACGAGCCGUUCGUGUAGCCGUCGUGGAUUCGAUCAAACAAGACUUCAAGCGAUCGUAUUUCGUCACAGGGAACUUGACGCCGGAGGUUUACGAGGAGAAGUGCGAAUUCGCCGAUCCGGCUGGUUCUUUCAAGGGUCUUACUCGUUUCAAAAGGAAUUGCACUAAUUUCGGAACCUUAAUUGAGAAAUCGAAUAUGAAGCUCAUGAAAUGGGAAAAUUUCGAGGAUAAAGGAGUCGGGCAUUGGAAAUUUAGCUGUGUCAUGUCGUUUCCAUGGAAACCCAUUCUUUCAGCAACUGGUUACACGGAGUAUUACUUCGACACAGAGUCCGGGAAAAUUUGCAGACACGUGGAGCAUUGGAAUGUCCCUAAGAUUGCUCUGUUCAAGCAACUUCUGAGACCCAGCCGUGGAUUAAUGGGGACACAAAACUAGCCCGAUGAAGAAAAUGAUGAUGUCAAUUAUAAAUUAGACUUUUGAAACAGUAAAUAUAUAAUAUUUUCUUCUGACACUAAUAUGGGAUACUGUACUAUUAGAGACCUGCAAUGAAUCUAUUGAGAAGGCA